AUGAGGCUGCUGUGGAAGGUGGUGGACAAGAUGAGGUGUUUCCGGAAACGUUCUGCCUUUCCUCUCCUUGGCAUUCUCAUCACCUUUCUCCUGUUUUUAAAUCUCAACAUGGAUAAUGAAUAUGUGCUGGAGGCUGAAAAAAGACAACUUGGAGAGACGGUGAUACAUCCCGCAAACUCUGAAAGAUACGUCCACACAUUCAGAGAUCUUUCCAAUUUCUCUGGUACCAUAAAUGUGACAUAUCGCUACCUUGCAGGAAUCCCUCUGCCACGUAAAAAGUAUCUCACCAUUGGCUUGUCAUCAGUCAAGAGAAAAAGAGGCAAUUACCUCCUGGAGACCAUCAAAUCCAUCUUUGAUCAGUCCAGUUAUGAGGAACUUAAAGAGAUUGUGGUUGUGGUCCAUCUGGCAGACUUUGACCUGGUCUGGUGUGAAAACCUGGUGCAGGAGAUCACCAGGAAGUUUGCCCACCACAUUAUAGCCGGACGCCUCCUGGUGAUCCAUGCUCCAGAGGAGUAUUACCCAUCUCUGGAUGGGCUGAAAAGAAACUACAAUGACCCGGAGGACAGAGUGCGUUUCCGUUCCAAGCAGAACGUGGACUAUGCCUUCCUCCUCAACUUCUGUACAAACCUCUCUCACUUCUACAUGAUGUUAGAGGACGAUGUGCACUGCUCCAGGAACUUCCUGACAGCCUUGAAGAAGGUGAUCACCUCCAGAGAAGGUUCCUACUGGGUGAUGCUGGAGUUCUCCAAGCUGGGUUAUAUUGGGAAGCUCUACCACUCCAGAGACCUGCCUCGACUGGCUCAUUUCCUUCUGAUGUUUUACCAGGAGAUGCCCUGUGACUGGCUCCUCAUUCACUUCAGAGGCCUUCUGGCCCAGAAGGACGUGAUCCGCUUCAAGCCCUCGCUGUUCCAACAUAUGGGCUAUUACUCCUCUUACAGAGGAGCAGAGAAUAAAUUAAAGGAUGACGACUUUGAGGAAGACUCCAUAGACAUACCUGACAACCCUCCCGCUAGCCUUUACACAAACAUCAAUGUGUUUGAAAACUAUGAUGCUACUAAGGCGUACAGCAGCAUAGCUGAUGAAUAUUUCUGGGGGAAGCCUCCCUGCACUGGAGACUUUUUUGUUAUUGUGUUCAACAAAUCAACAAAAAUCAGCAAAAUUAAAAUCGUUACAGGUAUAGAUGAUCGUCAGAAUGACAUUCUGCACCACGGUGCUCUGGAAGUGGGGCAAAAGCUGGUGGAAACCAAGCAAGGGAGGCAAUGUACUUCCUACAUUACAUUAGGAGAGUUUAAACGUGGCACCAUUGAGGUUCACAACGUGGACCACAAGAUCGGCUUUGACAUGGAAUGCAUACGAAUAGUCAUUACUGCCAGUCAGAGAGAAUGGCUUAUCAUAAGAACUAUCAGCUUGUGGACUACACAGCCAGUAAGUCAGUAA